AAACUUACUGCACCAGCUACAUCAGCCUGUGUUUCCUCCCCACUCCCCCAAACACCAUCUACCUGACCUAAGUUUGUCAUGUUGCUACUACUUCUGGGAGCCUGUGCUGUGGUAGGUCCAUUCCAGGGCCCUGAAUGGGAGCCAGUGAGGGACCUCCUGUCCCAGGAUCAAAGUUGCAAGGAUCCGCAGUGCUGUGGCAAUCUGCUUGUCUCCUGCCUCUUUCUGAUCUGGCAGAUCCAACAGUGUUGGUACAAGUUCUCCAGGACCAGGAAGAAGAAUGCCACCAAGGUGCCACCACAGAGACGGGAAGUAUUGUCUGCCACCCAGGACAACUUCUUUCUGAUGAGUCCUGAAUUCUUUACUCAUGGAAGAAACAGGGGCCUGGAUGUUCACAUCCAACCGUGGAUACAGAAGCGGAGGUGGGGAUACCAGAAGACUGUCAGACAACAGUGGGACACCCAGUACCUGCUGUCUCCACAGAGGCCAUGUCAAGACCUGCCUUGGGAUGUCCACACCUCCAGUGAGCCCAUUUUUUGUACCUCUUCAUUUUCAAGCACUUGCCUUCUCCUUCAGAACAAUUCUUGGGAAGCAUGGCAGUUACCCUGGUACCCCAGGGAUAGCCAGGACCACCCUUCCCUGGCUAUAUGCCAAAGAGUGGAGCAGCUGCUGGCUCCUCCUCAUACGCUGGUGCCAGUCGAGCCUGUUAGCCUGAGGUACACCUCCACAGCUUUUGCCGUCUCUCUUCCAAACUUCCCUCCAGCUCAGAAUCUAAACUUCUGCCUCAGAGAGCUUCUGCCUGAUCCCCUUAUCCAACAAUUGGAAAUGCCCACCAAAGAAUGCUUGGAGACCCCACAAGGUCCCUUAGUACCAUGGGGCAAAACCAAGACAGUAGGCAGAGAUUAUAGUGAAGCUUCUCUGCAAUAUCGAAACAAGAGAAAGAGCAGAAGGGAGGGUGCUCAGGAAAUACGAGCAUCUGGAGCCUUCUGCCCAACAGACUCUGGAGUGGAGGAGGAUGGACAGGCUAAAGCCCUGGGGUACAGAAACCAGAGGCAAGAAAUAAGGGAAAUUGAUGGUGAGAUCUCAGUGCCAGGGUGGGAGAGGCAAGAUCAGGUGAAGAUGGCAGAUAGGGAACAAACUGAGAAACUACAGAGGAAAGCCCAGAGGGAGCCUGGAGAUGAGAAACCUCCUUUCCAGGCUCAGAUAGGAGAGAACCAAGAACAGUUCAGAUAUCAAACUGACAUAGCAACCCAAACACCAACGUGGGUCGACCAGGAGGAUGCUGCUUCACAGACUCCAGCACUAGGGACAAAUGAGGAAGAAGCCAGAGGGAAGGAAGAGGCUGAGGUGGAGGCCCAAGGAUUGGAAACUCAGGACUGGACAGGAAGUAAGACUGCCGAGAAUUCUCAAAUGCUAAAGUGGAGGACACAAGACCAGAUGGGAGGCAAUACUGGUGCAGAAAGUGAGGCAGAGGAAGGAAGAAACAAGGAGCAGAUCGGAAGUGUGAAAAUCCAGACAUCUGGAAGGGAGAAUCUGGGAGAAUUCAAACAGGACAACAAAGAGACCCAGGCCCUGGGGUGGGAGAAACAGGGAUGCGUUAGAACUGAUGAGGUCCAGACUCCAGCUGGGGAGCAUGGAGGACAGAGCAGCAGUGAGAGUGACGGGAAGACCCAAGCAUCUAAGGGAGAGAACCAGGAUCAGUCAAGGCAGGAAGUUGAACUGGGGAUGAGGAAGCUCAGGGAGGUAAGAGAAGAGGACUGGGUGGUGAUUCGGGCGCCAUGCUGGGGCAGCCAGACGCUCCGGCUGAUGUCAGUAGACAGAAGACCCAUGAUACCAUGCUGGGAAGACCAUAGCCAGACCAGAGGAGAGUGCAUUGUAGACAUCCUGUCCCUGCAAAGUGACCGAAGAAAAGAUAGAGAUGCUGAUGCAGCAAAUCAGGCGACUCCCAAGGCCAAGGAGCAGGCUCAAUCCAGUGAAUCUGACAAGGAGACUUACACAGUACCGAGCCAGGAUGAGGAAAAGACUGAAGAGGAAAAUGGAACAGAUGCUCUGGCACAAGAGAAGAGCAACCUGAGAGGGGUUAAAGGCACGGAUGAAGCACAGACCCAGAAACUUGGGGAAGAAAAUCAGGGUCAGUUAGGAAAUGAAUCCCAUAAAAUGAUUCAUGGCCCAAAAUGGAAGAAUCAGAAACAGGUUAGAGGCAAGGACCGUAUAAAUAACCAGACGUCUGAGGAAGAGAACUGGGUGGAGCUAACAAGUAAGAAAGUCGAUGCAACCCACGAUUCAGGGUGUGAGGAAGCUGAGGAGGCUGAGGGUGAGGACUGCACAUAUGGGAUGAGAAUGGUGAGAGGAGCCGGAGGGGAGGAAGGUACAGAGACCAUGGCAGCUGUGGAAGAAAGCCAGAGCCGGUUAGGUGAUGUGGGUACAAACACCCAUUCAUCAGAAUUAAAGAGCCAGAAGAAGGUGGGCAGUGAGGAUGCAAAAGAAGCUCAGGCCCCGGAGAAGAGAAACCAGACAGAACCCGGAGAUAACGAUAUUAAGACCCAGAGACCUGAGAGCAAGAGCCAGGGACAGUUGGCUGAAGCUGGAGGGGGCAGGAAACAGGCUAAAGGAGAGAGUACUUCAGAAAAUGGGGCAUUGGAGAAGAGAAACCAGAGAAAGGCUGCAAGAGAGGGUUGUAGAAGGGUGCAGCGGUCCAGGAGACGGUUAGGCGAAGUUGAUGGAAAGACCUACCACUUAGAGGGGAAGGACCAGGAGAAUUUUAGAGAUGGGGAUGAUGUGGAAAGUCAAAAACAAGGGAAGAGAAACCCAGUAAGUUUCGCAGGUGAUGAUGGCUCAGAGACCCAGGCCUCUGUGGGAGAGGACCAGAGACAGUCUGUGUGUGAAGCUGAUGAAGAGAGUCAGACAGGGGGGCAAAGAAUCCAGAGCAAGCAUAGAGACACUGCUACAGAAAUCCAGGAUGUCGGGGCCCAGAGUAAACACAGAGCCGAGGAUUCUAAACUGUCUCAUCCAUCCAGGAGAGGAGACAAGGGCCGGGGCAGCAGGAAGGAUGCUGUUAGGCCCAGACCCCCAGAUGACUCUUCUGGGAGAAUGGGGCCCACAAGUCAGAAGUGUAGCCCUGCUCAGCCGGCUUCUCUCACUUCUGCAUAUGGAACCCCUAGACACAAGCAACCAAUGGCUGGAAAUGGUGUAGACUCAGCUCCCUGUUCUGACAAACAUCUAAGUAGCCGGGGCACAGCCCCUGCCCGGAAGCAUAGACAUGAAGUCAGUGAAAGGUCCCAGCGGGCCCGUCCUGGUUCUCAAAGAAGACAAGAAAGGGGAAAAAGGGUGGGCCCGGGAAAGGCUUCCAGCCCGAUCUGCCAGGACCCCUACUCACAGUCUCAGGCAUCCUCUGUCUUUCCCUCUCUCCUAUUUCCCCAAGUCUCCCAAGCUGUCCCAGCGCUAGCAUGCGUACCAGUAGCUCUCAAAACCUUUCACAAAUGGCCAGCCCUCAAGAAAAGCAAACAUCUGCUCUUGGAAUCCCUCAUGAAGAGGAGGAUUGCACAUCUGAGGUGGGGCCUCCCUCGACGAAUCCUGGAGUCUUACUUGCUUUUUCACUUCUUAGAAUCUUGCUCGUUGCCGCGGACUGGAGUGAGGCUGUCUGAAUUUCGCAAAGACCAGGAACACCAAAGGCAGCAGGAACGACAUUGUGAGUCUCAAAGAUCCCGGUUAGGCCUCGAGUCUCCAGCCAGGCCUCAAAGUCGACCAGUUCUUGAAAAAAAAAGUUCUAAACUUUGUACCCAAGUCCAGGCUGUCAAGAACCAUAGACCAACCAAGGCGGAGGCAAAGAGCAGCUCCAUUCCACCUAAGACACCCAGGAGAAUAGGACCACCAGGGGGCGCAAGAGAACCACAGAUCCAGAAAGAGGCCUCUAAGGCCAAGAUCCCCGCUCCAAGGAAUCCCAGGCCUGCGGUAGAGUCUAGGAGCUGGCAUAACCCGCGAGGAGUCUCAGAGUUUUCCACUGAGAACAGCAGAAGCAGAAAAAUGAUUAGACCCGGACUCUCCCAUGUAGAAGAGACGACUUCCAGAAGAGUGGACGUCUCAUCCUGUCCAGAAGGCUACAAUCCUCGGAAAAAGGAGUGCAUAAAAGCAUCCAUGGAAGCGUCUGAGCUUCCCAUUAGCAAGUGUCAGCAGACCACUUGCAGAAAAAGUGAAAGCGUAGGACCUUCAGAGGACAGAAAACGAGCCUGUUCUGCACAUAUCUCCAACUUCAAAGGGAGUAUCCAAUCUGCUGCAGCCAGGCUGAGCACCAGCAUCUGGAGCAAGAUGUCAUGGUCGACACAGCCGAGGAAUCCUACCCCACUUAACAAAGUGGGGGCCCUAGAUACAGAGGAGGACAGAAGCAGACUCCUCACUGCUUCGGAUAAGGACCUUGAGUCAUCAGGGCAUUCUUGUACAGGAGGAACUGUUCCUAAGAUAGAGAGCUACCAGGAACACGAGACACCUGGGAACUCAAAGGAGGCACUGCAAAAUCCAGCAGUCUCACAAAAGUUUGGCUUUAUGAGGCACCUGAGAUAUUUUCUCAGACAGUAUGGCCUUAAAAAGUAGGCGGCAGGCCCAGAGUCCUUAGGACAUGUCAGAGUGACCUGCUCUGUCUCAGAGCCUCUAGUAAAAUUGGUUAUUUGGAUCCUGCAGGAGUGCAGGGUCCUUUGGCA